AUGGCAGAGAUUAGUUCAGACUCAGAUGAUGAAUGCGUUUGUACGGGUAUUGUUGGGGGCCCCUCAGGGGCCCCCAGCCGUACCCCACGCCCCCAGCGAGGGGCCUUCUUUCCUUCUGGAGAGGUAAUGGCGUCUCCUUCUAGAGGGAGGCUAACGAAUGCAUGCAGCGCAGCAAAUGAUGCUGGCGAAGUUGUAGUGAUGGAGUAUAGCAGCACUUAUAUGCGUGUUGAGCAUAGAAUUGAUGGUGGGGCCCCCUACUUAGGCUGCUGCGGCUCGCCAGCUGCAACUGCUAAGCGGCGUGCCUUAGAAAAUCUUGAACGCCAGCGAGCCCAGCAAAUAGAGACACCUAACCAUUUUAUCUCCCCCAAGACCUGCGGACAUCAGAACCUGAAGAGAAGGUCCUCGAUGUACGCCGCCUCGACUUUAGCCAGCAGAUACAAACAAAACCUCGGGGACGCCCAGCAGCAGCAGCAGCAGCAGGGCGGGAAGCCCCACGAGGCCAGCCAGGUUUUUAAUUUGCUGGAGUUUGGGCUGUCGGGUGUUCGUAAGACAUCAUUUACUCAUUCAGUCUCUGAGGACCUCAGCGGAGUCAUUCAUAUUACUGCUUUAUUUUGCUGCUCUUCUUUUUAUUUGCUUCUGAAUAACACAGAUCAAGCAGUUAAUGCUAAGGGACAGAAGGUGGAGUGGCUAAGGCAUGCACUCUACGGCGUAGGGACCUUCGUCGAUGUCGAGAGAGCCCACGAGUACGUAGAGUGCGUAAAGGCCCUGGGCAGAGAGAGGCGGCUAAAGGCGUAUGGGCGGCACGAAGACUUAAGAGAGAAAUUUCAAAGGAGACCAGAUGAGUGGAGGUUCUGGUGCAAAGGGAUUGGAGGCAAGCAUUUUAUUACGAAGAGGCUCAAGUUGGAAGACAUUCUGUUACCAAGAGAGUCUUUAACAGGUGUCUUUGGGCAUGUAAAAGACUUAAGGGGUUUGCUGGCUCAGGAGGGGCUGAAACCCACCAAUCAAUGCGCCGCUAAAGUAAUUAUUUCCUUAAAGGAGCAAAUUAUUCGGUGCUUAGAGGGGAGACAGAAUUUCAUUGCUGUUGAAAAGUGCGGCCCAACGCACAACGUACAGUUAGCAGAAGAAGAACACCGUGAGAGGGUAGGGCUUCAAAGCCAAGCAGUGCCGCAGCACUUCAGGGCUGUUGCUUCUCUUGGUGAAUAUGAUGCUCUGCCUGCGGCCACCAUAUUGGGGCCCCCAUACGGGGGAGUUAUGCGCCCUGCAGGAGAACUCGCACUGAUGCAGAUUAUUCAUGACCAAAUGAGGAAUCUUCAAGGGCCCCCGCGGCAGUCGUACGCAUUUCGUAUAGACAAUUUGAGUUGCAUCGGCGAGUGGGAGGCGCAAGAAGACAAGGAAGAAGCAAGAAGAGGCUUCGAGACUGACGCAGAUUUUGAAGACCCGGAGAACUCCGUAUCCGGCGAAGAAGGGCUCGAAGAGGUCUGGGAUGCGGGGAGCAAGCCGUUGGCGAGCCUUGACGAAAUUCACAAUUACGUGCAGAGGACAAUGAACAGACUGGCCUCUUGCAGAACUAUUGAAGAGGCAACGCAAAUAGAAAGAGAUUUCUGCUUGAAGGACCCCGACAUCCGCAUGGAUGGCGGCAGCAGCACAGAGCCUGACUUCCCCGAAUUAGAUGCGAUGGAUUACCGAAGCGAAUACUCUAUGAUGAAUGAUGCUCACGGCUCCACUAACAUAGGAGACGUUAACAACUGCCACACCCUCAUGGUGAUCAUCGCUGGCCUACCUUUUUUCUUUCCCGUAACAAAUAGGCCUGUACGGAAUGGAGAGGAGCUCCUCCUGUCUUACGGGCCUCACUACUGGACGGGGAAUCAGUCGCCCGAGUCGCUGCUGUCUGCUACCUUCUUGCAAAUGAAGGCGAUGUUGAAUCUGUCUUUUCAAAACAAACGCGAUGAGAUCGGCCGUGCAGAAGAUGUACGGGAUGACACAGCGCGCCUCGACAAGUCUCUGGCUGACGAGAGAGCAGCAGCUGACGUCGCCGAGUUGCUGCAGCGGCUGGACCUGAGUGAGGGUUUGACAGAACAGCGCAUGAGGGCGAGAGAAUGGGUUGUUGAACUCCGCGACCGUCUGCACCAAGAAGGCCGGGGACAAGCAGUUUUGGGGGCUCUGGAGAAGACUGUGGCGUCGCUGUCUCGAGGGGAUGACUUGGAGGAGACCUUCUCGACGCUGAAGGAAACAACUGAGCGUCUCUCUAUGGAUUACAAAAACCGCACCCGCGAACUGCAGGCGCAGAUCCAACGUUCUGAAGAAGCCCGUAGACAAGCUGAGGACAGGAACGCGCAGCUGCAGCGACACAUAAUGGCCCUUAACAACAGCUCCCAGCAGCAGGCGUCCCGCAUGGCUAGAAUGGCUGUCGAGCUGCGGCGCAUGCAUGCAAUUUCUUUAAGGCAUUUUGUAGAAAAGGAGAGAGCUGCAUCUGCGAGCAGCUUUCACACCGACGACUGCCCCUACGCGAAGGUCACAGAGCUCCUUGGCAUCCCCGGCCUCCCCGUACAUGCAACGGGUGGCGACUUCCAGCGACAUGAAGACGUCUGCAAGGCAAGGCGCUUCCUCUUGAAGAUGGAGCUGCUGGAGCGCCACACAGGCAAAUGCGGGCAAUGCGGGAUGCCUUACGUUAAGGGGCCCCUUGCACCUCAUGGAGAGCAGCAGCACUUCUGGCACUGCCGCGCCGAAAACCAUGACGUCGCUGAACUCGUUGAAGAGGGAGAGCUGUUGGCUCAAGGGCAAGGCUUUUUGCUGCAGAAGUGUUUGAAUCUGUUGUCUCGUGAUUCGCAAUUAUGUUGGUUUUUAUUUGAAGUGCUGUGCUGCCUGGCGAAGACCUUUGCUCGACUGCGGCGGAAGCACUCAGCACGGAGAAGGCAGUGGAGUGCCUGGUGGGAGGAGACAGCCAGGAAGGUCUGUCUCCCCAGCAGCAGCAAUGAACGGUCUCUGAUGGGGCAGCUGCAACGGGACCACCCAUCCCGAGAUAUACAUAGCAAGCCUUGCCUUGCAGUUAAAGAAGAUGAAGUUGAAGAGGGCGAGUUCAGGCCCUCGGACACCCCUCACUUAAUGACGGUACAGGGGGGAUUUCAUCGAAUGGCAGUCGAUGGGGCAGUACGCCCCUCCUCAGCUUGCAUGCACACGCAUGCACAGUGCAGCAAAUCAUGCAUAGCAGCAGAAACGCCAGGACGCUGCAGCAACAGGGAAGCUGUAAAUGGGCCCAGCGCUUCACUGCACGGGAAGCACGAGGGGUCCCCCAGAAGCGAAGGCGCAUGCGUCUGCCUAGCCAACAACAGCAACCGCUCAGGCGGGGACAGUGAAGCUGAAGAUUCAUGCAGCCAUGAACCUCCUUGGGGCAGACGGCUCUGCGUGUGUGGCGGGAGAGACACCUGGGAGCGCGCAGCUAAGCGCUUUCGCUUAGGAGGAGGGGGCCCCCUGCGAGGUGGGAGCUACAGUGCCCGCAUACAGGGCAAGGCAGCUGCAGGAGGCGAGCCUACUGGCAAGGGUGGGGCCUCUUUUGACUUGGAUGCGUUUAUUCUUGAGGACUUUGAAGACGAUGCUGUCUCAGCACACACGGAUUGGGUUGGGUGGGUCUUAGAUUUGGGGGCUCUUCGAUGGUCGUUUACGGGGGAGACGGAGGAGGAGCGGCGGAAGCAGGUGUUGCUGUUGAUGUGCGAUCUCCCGCUGCUGCUGCAUGUGCUCUUCUAUGUUUGCUUCAACAACUGCCUUGGCUUUACCCUCAUCCCUGCAGCACUCAACAAAGACAACUGGCUGGGGGAGUUCCUUGAGGCUGCUCAUCAAUGCCUGCAAGAAGUCGAGAGCGAGUGCGACCCGCACAUACACCUUAGUGCAUGCAGCAGGAAAGAGCAUGACGUUGCUGAGGCACAAAGGGCUCUAUCGGAGACAACGCCAACAAUGUGGAUUUCGCGUUUCUUUCGAGCAGUGGAGGGUGCACACAAGGCGCUGGCCGCUAUUGAAGAACAAAGGAAGGCAGUAGAUGUUGCUGCUCUAGAACGAGAUCUCGCUCGCAGACGUCACCUGCUGCAUCAAGUGGAGACCCUGAGGGAUCAGCGAGCAGCAGCAGCACUUCGAGCCGCACAGAAUGGAGAUGAACGUAGCGAGAAAGAGCUGCAAACGGAGCCAGAGGAGGAGUGCGAGCUGUGGAAAGAAAUUCACAGGUUAUCUGACGCUGUAAAGAUUGGGGUGUCUUUACAUUUGAAUGCAUGGGGGCAGCAACUGGCGCACUACAUAGACACUCGGUACUUACGCCUGGAACAGUACGAGCGCGUGGAGAGGUCUAAAGAAGAGCGGCUUCGAGCGAGCCGCCGCACGCUGCAGCAGCAACAGCAGCAGGAUGCACCAGAGGUAGAGAAGUACAUGACGCAAGAACAAAAGGCCUUAGUGCUGCGAGAAAAACGCCGAGAGACGCGACCAAAUUACCUCCGCUACUUCACCCUACGCACACGGAUAGGAGUGUUCGACGACUGCGUUGCUCGCAUCAAAUACUUCGCUGGGCUAGAGGGAGGCAACAUGCCUUCUGCAGCGAACAGAACGUUGGCUAUCAUAGCGCAGUAUGCGGAUGUGCGGCCGAGCACUUGGGAGCGCGAUGUUAAGGGUGUUCAGCGCCCUGAGGUGGAGGCACUCCUGCAAGAAAUCAACAACGAAGAAGAAGCAGAUCGGAUGCUGGGCAAACCACUCUUCGAAUGGGCCAUGGACAACUGGCCGCAACUACGAAAGGUGGUCGAGAUUGGCGUCCAGAGGGCCACCCAAAAGGCCAAUGCUCAGCUCGCGGAGAUAGCGAAGAAACUCGAGGCCUCCGAGCAGGAAGCGGCCUGUCUGCGGCAACAGGUUCAGGACCUUCGGGAGGAAUUGCAGCAGCUGCGGGUGCCCAUUAGAGAGCACGACCCCGGCGCCCAUCCUACCACACAGAGGAAUGCUGGGACUGAAGAGACCCUGUUGAUGACGUUCACGAGCCUCAGCAGGAACAGGAGGGUGUGUUUGUAUGAAGGCACUGUGGAUGAGAUCGGAGGCCACGCUGCAGCAGUAUCUCGGUUUCUUCUGCCUCCAACGCCCCUCAUCUUUGAGCCUCCAAUUGACGUCAAUAAAAGCGGAUGUCUUUACGGGUUUCUACCUGUGGGGCGGACGGACCACUUCACUGUCGACGUCGUCCUCAGACUGCCCGUACUUAGCAGCGACGGCUUUAGAAUGGUGUUCGUACACCCAAGUAGCGGGAAUAGGAACUAUGCGCCUCUUGGGCAACCCCGCCAGCAGCUUACUUCUGUCUACGAUCCGCUGAUUUGCACAAGGGACUUUCCCCAUAGAUGCGCGCUGCUGCUGGCAGCGCGCUAUUGGGUUGUCUCGGUAGGAAACAGCGACAGAGUGCAGCGUGUAGACCUCGGAGUUGGCACGAGGCCUCCGAGCUCUCCCCCUUGUGGGGCUGGAGAUCCCCCUUCGUCUCCUGUUGAACACUUCUUUUCGUUUUUCAAGCAGGACGUCAGCGAAUCGAAGCCAGAGAAGAAUGCUCCGUUUAUUCGAGUCACGUUGAAGUGUCAGAGGGAGGCGUCAGUAGGCAGCGCCAAGGAAGGGCAGAGGCAGAUGCCCUCCAUGCGAGUGUUCCCCUUCAUUAAUGGAGAGUCUUUGGAGUCCUUCACAGUCCCCAGAAUGCCGGACUUCUACAAGAUUUGCGGCAUCAUGUUCAGCUGCGACUUCAACCCUGAAGAACUCCCCGUCCCCCCGGACCCCGGGCUGCUACUGCCUGGGCAACUGUACGCGUCUUCAGCAGCACAAGAUGUACUGCUGGUUUCAUCUAGCGGCGAUGCAAAGCCAGAGGAAGUUGGAUCUACAGAUGAGGAAACCAUAUCGAGCUCUUUUUCCUUCGCGGUGAAACCACAGCAGGCAGCCACAAUGCGGCAAGACGAAGAACUUGUUAGUUGGGGGGCAGCAGAGCGUGAAUGGCCGGGGGCUCGGAUACCUAACGGUCUUGCAUUCAACAUCGAUAGGAGCACGCGGGGCGACGAGCUCUUCUCGAUCCCCUCUGUAGCCCCAGCUGAGGAUAUCAUUGAGCAGAGGCGGCAGCAGCAGCUGCUGCUGGAGUCUUUGCUACGGAGCCCUAGGGAGGGGGGCUCCCUUUUGUUUCAGCAGCAGUUACGGACACUUUCAAGGCAUUCCCAGCCAAUAGGAGCAUAUGAGGAGCACUGCACAAGGUUGGGACAGGUUGAGGGCCAUUUCCGGAGCACAGUACAGCAAGAUCAGAGCAGACUAAGCCGAGAACGCGAGAGGGCUGCCCAGAAUGCAACAGUCCCGCCUUUUAUCCUCAGAAAGAAAGCAGGGCGGCAAACAACACAGGGUCUUACAGUGUCUGAUGGAUUGCAAAAAGGUGCUGGACGACAGCUUCCCCACCAGGAGGUGGAGACGCAAACGCACAGAGAUGGUGGCGCCUGCAGGCGCUGGAAGAGCGAGCAAAGAGCGGAGUAG